AUGGCCGAAUCCCAGCUCGUGUGCAUGGAGGACGGACACAUCGGCUUCCAGGUGCCGGAGUCGCGGCCGGAGUUCUACUACAGCGAGGAGCAGCGCGCCGCUGUCGAGGAACUCCUCAAGAACGGCGACGGCGCCUUCAAAAUGCGUCUCAAAGACGACAACAUGAAAGACUUUUUAUCCGCAAGAGAAGUUAAAAUAUUGAACAACAACUUUAAACACUAUGAUGAAACCGGCGAUGGUGACAGGGAGGGGGCGGCGGCGUCAUCCCCUUCGUCGGACUCAGGCGUUCACUCCACUUACUGGCCCCAAAUGUCUGAUACCGAAGUGCCGCCACUGGACAUCGGCUGGCCCAGUUGGGGUCUCUUCAAAGGGGUGACCCGGGUGGCGGUCCACACGCACCCACCCAAAGACAAUGGACCCCAUAUCAAGGAGGUAGUGCGCAGACUCAUCCAGGGGGCCAGCAAGGUAAUCGCAAUUGUGAUGGACCUGCUAACAGACCUGCAGAUACUGCAGGACCUGAUGGAUGCUGCCUGGCGUCGCUCCGUGCCCGUAUACAUCCUGCUGGACAACAAUGGCGUGCCGCACUUCCUGGACAUGUGUUCCCGGCUCCAGAUUGGCGCUCAGCACCUUCGGAACAUCCGGGCCAGGACACUCACGGGGGUGGGCUUCAAUUUAUCCUUUGGCAGACUUCCCGGCUCCAUGUGUUCCAAGUACAUGCUAGUGGACGGAGACAAGGUGGUCUUUGGAUCCUACAGUUUCUCAUGGUCCACAUCACGCAUGGAUCGCAACACCAUCACGGUGAUGACAGGCCAGGUGGUGGAGUUCUUUGACCAGGACUUUCGAGAGCUCUACGCCGUGUCGGAAAAGCUGGACCUAUUCCGUGAGUUCCAUGUGAGCCCGCCAGCCAACAUAAGCACCAGCGUGCGCUCGAAGGUGGGCCCCAAGCGCCCCCCGCUUCCCGCCACAACAUCCCGUUUCCAGGUCAGCCUUGGCGACGCGCGCAACGUCAACAUCGAGGUCCCCGCUCACAAGUACUACAACCCCAAGUACUUCCUCUUGUUCCCGGAUGCCCCGCAACCAGCAAGGUCCCUGCAAGGGCCCACUAGACCGUCUGAGCUCUUGCAGCUUAUGGAGCCCCCAGACCAGGUCACCAGUAGCGAGAAGUUGGACCGUCUCAACCCGUUACCGUCUGAACCCCCAGUGGAUUUCUUAAAGAAACCCAACGGAGCCCCGCAGGAGAAGAAGAAGCUAACGCUGAGGCAGAAGAUCACCAAAAGGUUGUCAGUCAGCAAGCUGUCCAUCAAUAGCGGGAGGUCAAGCCCUGCCCCAGCAGAACCCACAGGAUACUUGGGCAGCCAAGAUCACCUGGAGGUCAGGGUCAAGUCACCCUCCAACAAGCUCAAGCUUCUCAAGAGGCCGUCCGCGCUCGGACCCAGGGCGAACUCGGUGCAGACGGUCGAGGCCACUCAAGACAACAUUAGUGAGUGA